ACCAUACAAGGCACGGUAUGCAAUACGGUAUCGGGACACCACACGUCUAUCCUGCAUAUGCUGAUUCUGACACCUAAUUAGGAAGGGGGCAGAUACUCAUGUGAUACCAGGUCGGGUAGCGAUCCAUUUUAGGGUUGCAUUGUGACUCGCAAGUUGGCGCAACAGCAAACAAUAGAUGGAUUUUUGGUACUGACCCCUUUCAUAAGGUACAUUGGCGAUUAGCGGUAUGGCGAUCUAAAGCCGUGGCGUGGCCAAAGUCACCAUGUAUGGGAGUUGUAAUUUUACGACAGCUGGAUGGCCACAGGUUGGACCCCACAGCCCUAACCUAUCUGUUCUUUAAUUUGUCACCCCAGAUUAUUUUUCUGAUUUUCUGGCCCCUACAUGGGUAAUUCAAUGCACAAAUAAUGGAUAUGCAUCCUGCAUGGUUGAUGUCCUACUGCUAUGUCAGCAGUCUAAUGGCUUAUUACCACCUAUCACUAUCACUAGCUCGCCAUCCACUACAUCAGGACACACGUGGCUAAAAGGCCGCCGCUGAUUGGUGUUCCGCUUAUCAUCGCACGCUCCCAUUGGCAGCUCCGCCCUAGCAACCUGGCCGCCAUCUUGGAGAGGGCAUGGAGGAGCAGUUAGGUCUUAAACAUCGGCGCUUGUUCUAGCACACAGAGAUGGAUGAUCCUUUUGAAGGUACUGAGGUAACAGUGGUGUCUGAAGAGAUGGAAGAAAGUUAUGUGCCUGCUAAACCCCCAGUAAAGAAGAAGAAAUAUAGAGGCUGCUCCGAACAAGGGGAGACUGCGAAGAAACCAAGGUCUGCUUAUCUUCUCUACUACUAUGACAUCUACCUGAAAGUCCAACAAGAGGUGCCGCAUCUGCCCCAAUCUGAGAUCAACAAGAAGAUAAGUGAGAGCUGGAAACUUCUCAGUGUGGCAGAGAAGAGCUAUUACCUGGAGCGAGCAAAGUUGGAGAAGGAAGGGCUGGAUUCUAAUAUUAAAUCCAGCAGAUCCACCAUGAUAUCAGAUGUCCCAGGCUUUAGGAAGAUUCUCCCUCGUUCAGAAUACAUCCUGAUACCCAAAAGGAUCCCUGAGGAAGAACGUCAGCGUGUAGAUAUAUGCGUCACUCAGCCCAGGGAGGCAGCGGUCCUGGCUCCUUCUGCAGCUCUAUCCCAUAAUGGCGGUCAAAGCAUCAUCACUUUGGAUCCUGGACAAAUGAACCUUUCUGAGCAUUUGACGGAGGUAGAAGGUCUAACUGAGGAAGGGGCAAGCUUCACGACAGCAAGCACAUUACAAGAAGUUGUUCCUGGGGGCAUAUACACCCAACUGCCUGAAAAACUGACGGGAGAGAUUAUCCUUAAUGAUGCCACUUUAGAGAUUGGGCAGACAAGCACUUACCCAGGCGCCAAUGUUGUCAUUGAGGAAGAUGGAGGCAUUGCCCUUGCACAGUCAGAAAUGUCUGUUCUCACAGUAAUGGCAAUCCAGGAAACCGAUGAACAUUGCCCUGCACCCCCUGCCUCCCAGUACAUUAUGAUGCCUAUGGCCAGUCGCCCCCUUACAGAACCCUCCCGAACUAUUAAACUGGCGACCACAUACACCAGAAGAGGACACGGGAGCUGCACCAACCCUAGUUGUACAUUUACUUAUGUGACAAGACAUAAACCUCCUAAAUGUCCUCUCUGCAAUCAGUUACUUGGGGGGAAAUGGGUUCCAAAGGGAAAACAGACUAAAGAAAAGCACCCAAUUUCAUCAAAUCCAUCUGACAGUCCAGAUGCAACAGAGCAGUCUGUCAUCACUGCGAAUGAGUCAAAGGCAACAGAGAAAGAGAAUACUGAGGCCGUCAGCCACCUUCUUCAAGCCGCCCCAGCAGCCCAAGGUGAAGAAUGGGAAGAGGUGAUCAUUUCAGACUCUCACUUUAUAACAGAGGAUAAUGGCGAGGCCCAGGGGUCUACACAGGUGAACGCACCACAGGAGAAUAGUGGGCAGGUGGCAGAGCUUGAUGCCAACAAAACUGAGAAACCGCCUUCAGCUGGGCGCUUUAAAGCCUCUUCUUCAAAGACUCCUUCAUCAUCUGCUUCAUCAGCCAACAAAGCGGAGACGAAGUCUACAGCUAAACCACUUGCAGCUGCUUCCAGGCCCAUAAGAGCAAUUCUGCCAGCUCCGGCCAAUGCAAACCGAGGACCCAGGGUGGAGUGCACUGGCAGCACAUUGACCAUUUUAAAACCUGAUACACACAGCCUUCUCUCGUCCACUGGGCUAAAGGCUAGUACAUUGAAGCAACUUGGUCAAGUGGUUUUACAGCAACCAGGGACUCCUGAUAUUACGGUACGAGCAGACCUCCAAGCACCUGUAUCACAGCCACAACUUAAAGUGAUGACAGACUCCUUUCCUACCUAUAAAUAUAGCUGUCCUGUGGCACUGGACCUGGGCCUAGCUACACAGCGGGGGAAAGGGAAGUGUAAAAAUCCUUUCUGCAAUUUCAUGUACACCAACAGACACAAACCGAAAACCUGCCCCAAUUGUGGAUUCAGCCUAACAAAGGACAAAGUAGAAAAAGAAGUCAUAAAUGAAACCCCAGUUUGCAUUACCACCGAUCUGAGUGUACGUGAAUCUCUAACACAAGCCCAAAAAGAAAUCCAGCGUCAGUCCACCCUCCAGCUAAUCCGUAAAAUUGUUCAGAUCCCUGAGAAUGAAUCUGAAUUAUCAGAUACUUUUAAUCUGAUCCAGGAGCUAAAUAGUUCCCAUUUAAUACUUUCUGAUGUGAGUGAUGGCACGGUCACCAUCGAGCAAACCUCCUGGGCCAAUGUCUAUGAGUCCCCAUCUGACCGCUGUCUGCUUUGUGGAACUCAGUUAUUUAAGGGUGAUAAGAACAGCUCAGUGGCAGGAGCUCAGGACUGCUGGUUACUAACCUCUACCCGUCUGCAUCUGGUGAGCGCUCAGGUGAAGGUGUGUCUAAACCCCCAGUGUCUGGCACUACAUAGCUUUAAUGACAUCUUUACAGGACUGUUCAAUGUGGGGAACAAGCUUCUGGUUAGUCUGGAUCUUCUUUUUUCUAUCCGGAACCAAAUAAGAGUAGGAGAAGACCCCAAAAUGUCUAUCAGCAACAUCUUGGAUUCAGUGCAAAGACAAGCAGAGAAGGUCCUGAGUGCAGAAGAGCUGCUGACAGUGCAGGAGCUGCUGAGCUGUGGUUAUUGGGCUUUCGAGUGCCUGACAGUCCGGGAUUACAAUGAUAUGAUCUGUGGUGUAUGUGGAGUAGCUCCAAAAGUGGAAAUAGCACAGAGGAAUGUAGAGGAUACGUUGACGCUGACCAACAUUGAGUUUACCUGGCCGGAGUUUUUAACAACCAAUGAGGUGAGCAUGGAAGAUUUCUGGUCCACACUGGAAAAUGAAGUCUUGGAACAAGCUGCCUUUCCCUCUAGUAUUCCUAUCACAAAGUUUGACGCCUCCAUCAUCUCCCCAUUCUUCCCUCCACUCAUGAGAGGAGCUGUGGUAGUAAACAGCGAGAGCUACAAGAAUCUGGAAAUACAGAAAGUUGUGGGUAAUGGCAGCGCUCUUGCGAGACUUCUUCAUGAUGGGACACUAAAGUUGGAUGAUUUAAACAAACUCAGUACUGAAGAGCUGCAAAAGGUGUUGACACUUUGUGGGAUUCCUUGGGAAGCCACAGAUACAAAGGAUAAUAUGUGUUAUUCCAUCCUGGCUCUUUCGGAGUUUGUGCAGAACGGCACUCAGACUAAACAACCUCCGGCUCAUUUUACUGGAGGGAAACUAUACAAAGUCUGCGCCCAUCAGGUGGUAUGUGGAUCCAAAUACAUUGUGCGUGGAGAAAGCCCUCGGGAUCAUGUGGAUCUUCUGGCUUCAUCCCGGCACUGGCCUCCUGUCUACGUGGUAGAUAUGGCAACACAGGUGGCUCUAUGUGCCGAUCUCUGUUAUCCAGAUCUGGCACACCAGAUGUGGGGGAAGAAUCAAGGGUGUUUCUCAGACCCUUCAGAGCCACCAAAGUAUGUUUCCUGCCCAGAACUCUUAGACAGACAUUACAGCGUGGACAUCAUGGGCAAUGAACCGUCAAUUGUACAUCCUGUUACCAAGUCUGAGUCCCGAAGAAUUGUCCACGCCGUGGCAGAGCAGAAUGGAGCCUGUGACCCGACCGCUCGCCACCACUCACUUUCAUUGUGUCGGGAGAUGGAGCCUUACAGUGCAAUCAUCACAGCCAUCGGAGAUAGCAAAACCAGUAACAUCCGCCACCACCCCAUUAACUUUGACAACGCCACACACUAUUACCUUUACAAUAGGCUGAUCGACUUUCUGACCAGCCGAGAGAUUGUGAACCGACAGAUUCAUGACAUUGUCCAGAGCUGUCAGCCCGGAGAAGUGGUCAUCAGAGACACCCUAUACCGACUUGGUGUUGCACAAAUCAAAACUGAACUAGGAGACAGUGUUUUGGAGGAAGAUGUAUUGUUGGAUCAACCAAGUUCUGUGUGAUCCAACCUGAAAAGACAGUAUUGAGCACUACAGGUUCUGUACGUUUCUCUACAAACUACGGAGACAAUCAGCUGCCAGGAGAGCGUCUGUCAAGUGACAGGAAAAUGUUCCCGCCUAAAGCUACACUAUGACCUGAAAAGUGCCAUAAAACGCACUUUAUGUCUCCAUCUGGUAACAUUUUAGGUUCUUUAAUGUGGUGAUGCCCUGGGGCUUGUCUGGCUGACAGAUGUCCUCUCUUAAGUCACUUUACUUUGAUAUUUAGAAGGGUUGUAUGAGAUUAUCAAUAAGUCAAAAGCAGAAGGGUUCCACACUAUAAUUCAAUUUUAAAGAAAUGAGGUGCUUUCAAUCUCUAAAAAAUGAAAUUAUUAAAACGAGACAGGGAAUGAGGACAUGGCUGAGGUAAAGCAAAGACUCUGUUUUAUUAGGUAGAAAUUGAUUCUGGAACAUUGAAAAAUUCUUAAACAAAAACUGGGCCUAUCGGGAUGUGAUGAAAAUGGGCCUAUUGUGAUCAUCCCAAAGGGCAUCAGAGUAUAUGUCUAUAGCAACCAAUAGGGGUAAGUUAGUGAUUGACGCAUUUAGCCCUAUAAAAGGAGUUAUGCACUAUAACAAAACUUAUCCCCUAUCCAUAGUGUCAGAUUGCGGGGGUCCGACCGAUGGGGCCCCCACGUUCUCCCACCUGACGCCCCGACUUACUGCAUGUAUGCAGUGUCGACCACGGCACAAAGCUGUAGCCAACAUGCCACCUCCAUGUGUAUCUGUGGGAGAGCCGGAGAUACACGAACACUGUCAUAGAGGGAGUGUGUCGGCACCACUUUGUGUAGUGGUCCACACGCCUCCAUUCAUGAGGAGAGUGGGGCUUCGUACGGGAUAUCGCUGUGGGUCACAGUGGAUCUAGACCCUCCGAAGAACGCAGGGCAUAUACAGAACAAGUGGGCAUAUAAAAGCCCCACCUAUAUCUCCACUUCUGUUUGUGGCUUUCUCAGAUUUACAGGAUUCAUGUGGUUAUGAAUUUGGACUCUGAUGCCCUUUUGGGGUUGUCUAUUAUUUCAUAAUAGGACCAGUUUUUAGACCAGUAGUUAGGACUUAUCCUCCAGAUCAAGCAUUAGUAUCUGAUUAUUGAGGUGCCAACACUUGGCAUCCCCACCAAUCAGCUGUUUGGUGGAGCUUCAGCAUGUGGAUUUACAUAGUGCAGUGUUUCCCAACCAGGGUGCUUCCAGCUGUUGCAAAAAUACAACUCCUAGCAUGCCGUUGAUGGGAAUUGUAGUUUUGCAACAUCUGGAGGCACCCUGGUUGGGAAACAGUGACAAAGUGAAUAGAGGCGGAAGCCCCAGCUGUAUUUAUUGGGUAGUGGUCAUGCUGGUCCCAUUCACUGUGUACAUCCAGACUCUGCUGCCCCACCAAACAGAGGAUUGACGGAUGCUUAGUGUUGCCCAUCAGAUAUUGAUGGUCUAUCCUAAGGUAAGUCAUCAGUUACCAAGUACUGGAAAACUAACAGUGUUUUAACAUUUUCUAUCUAAUAAAACUUUCUCUGAGUUGCAUCUUCCUGCACAUACAUUUUCUAAGUAUGAGAUUAGCAAGACAUGCGGGGCUGGACAAAGGUAGCACUGUUUUUCUGAAAGAAAGCAUCCAUGUUAUUUCAGUAUCAUACAUCCCCCUUUUUAAGUUUUUUUUUUUUUUUUUCUGCAUUGCACUGAAUAGCUUUUUAUUUUUUUGUUAUAUCUAAAGGCUUCUCAUCUUAAGCAGAUGAGAAAUCUAUAUAUUUAUGUCCUUCAUGAUUUAGUUUUUUCUGCCUUGUUGGUUGCAGUGAGAUAAUUUGUCCCUAUAUUCUGCUUAUUGUCCGAUCACAUUGAUGGCCUAUCCUUAUAGGGGUACUCUGCUGGAGUACCCCUUUGGUACAAACUGUUGCAAACGCUGGAGUCGGCGCCGGGAGCUUGUGACGCCAUAGCCCCGUUUGUUCCAAACGCUGAGCAGCGGAGUACCCCUUUAAGCAGAGAAAAACAUUUAACUUGAGGAAAAAUUAUAACUUUACCUAAGAAAAUUUUAUUUAUUAAGAAUAUUUUCUCUUAAAGUUAAAAUCACCAGUACGUGUUAAAGGGGUUAUCCAGCUUUUAUAAAUGUAUUCCCUAUUCAAAGCAUAUUAAUAAAUAUCUAAUUGUGGAAGUUCCGACCUCUGUGACCACCCAUGAUCUCCACAACUGGAUCUGACUCUUCAUGCUAAACGCUCAGGCCCCCCACCAUCCAAGAUUAAUUGAUCUCGGCAGCCAAUCACUGACUGAGGCGGGAUGCUGCUGCAGCCAAUGGUUGAGCGAGAGGCUCAUAACUGCUGAGAUGAGUAUAUCUCGGAAGAUGGGGUCGGAGGGCUUAGCAGGGAGAGUCAGACCUUGUUCUGGAGAUCUCGCUCAGACACUUAUCCCCAUCCUGUGGAUAGGGAAUAUGUUUUUAAAAUCCAAAUAACCCCCUUUAAGUCCUGAAUUGUUCUAUAAUGUUCCGUGGCUAAAGAUUGUUAUAGCAACACUUACGCUGUAUGCAAAGUACUGAACCUUUAGACAUACCAUCAUUGUUGCAGCAAAACUGCAGGGAAAGCUGCACCUGUAAACCCGAACCAAAUUGUGUGAAUUUAUCUGCAGAUUAAAAUGAAAUCCAUGGAUGCAGAUUUUCCUGUGGAUCCAAUGGUAAAAUCCAUUGUGAAUUUUAUAGCAUUUUUUGACUCCCCCCUAUUGAAGUCAAUGGGAAAAACUUGCAACAAGUGCACCAAAAAAUGUUGAAAUGCUUCAGAUUUAAAGGGGUACUCCACCCCUAGAGAGCUUAUCCCCUAUCCAAAGGAUAAGGGAUAAGAUGUCUGAUCGCACGGGUCCCGCCGAUGGGACCCCUGUGAUCUCUGUGCAGCCCCCCGACGUUCAUUUAGAACACUGGGUGCUGGUGGCGGUGGUUGUGACGUCAUGGUCACACCCCCUCAAUGCAAGUCUAUGGGAGUCACGCCCCCUCCCAUAGUCUUGCAUUGAGGGGGUGUGAUGUGAUGUCACAAGGGGAGUGGCAGUGACAUCGCUCCGCCCGCUCUAAGCGUUCGGAACAAAAUGUUCCGAAUGCUGGGGCAGCGGAGUACCCCUUGAAGAAUCUGCUGCUUGGGUCAAUGUCUGCCUGGAAAAUUUGUUGAGAUCUCAUCCACUACUGUAUUAAAGUGUAUUUUUUUCUGCAAAUCCAGACAGAAAAAUCUGCAGUGAUUCGGUUAUGUGUGAACAUAGCCUUGCUGUCAAAGUGUCUGCUGGGCGUUUCCAUUAGUAGGUAAGUGUCCUGUGAUCUCAGCGGCAAUUUCUCUCUAUCUCAUUUACUUUUCUGAUGCCGUCUGCAACAUGCACAGUUCCCUGCAAAGAGCCACUAUCAUAGUUUAUUGUUGAACAGCUCACCUCUUCCCCAUUUAAUUAACUUGUACAGCGGACCCGGCGGCAACACCUCUGGCUAUACUUUCGAACACAGUACAAAAAGAAUUGUCUGGCACAAAGGUAGUAAGAUAAAAUUGUCUUGCUUUAUUGAAGAUUCCCAACAAUGUACAGGACAGACAUAAGAGCAAUGUAAGCACCUGAUGUGUUUCGCGUU